GUUGGUUGCGUCUGUUGCCGCUGUGUGCUGCUCUUCUUCCUGAAAAGACACUUGUGUGGAAGCCGCUGAUGUCGCUACAAGGAGAUCUUUAGGUCAAGGAGCGACGGCAGCAUCCAGGUUGAAGGUUUCUGAAGAGAGUCUCCAUGACCACCUGCAUGGCAGCGAAUCCUUCACUUGAAGAUUAAACCAAGCGUGCUCCGCUCCACAACGCUGUCCUCUUAAAUGCCGCUCAGUCUUUGCUUUUGCAAAUGGCUUGCUGUCUGAAGGACGAGCUCCUCUGUUCCAUCUGCCUCAGCAUCUACCAGGACCCCGUCAGCUUUGGCUGCGAGCACUACUUCUGCAGGAAGUGCAUCACCGAGCACUGGAGCAGGCAGGAGCCUCACGGAGCGCGAGACUGCCCCGAGUGCCGCAGGACCUUCGCCGAUCCGCUCCUCUCGCCCAGUCUCAAGUUGUCCAACAUUGUGGAGCGUUACUCGGCCUUCCCCCUCGACGCCAUCCUAAACGCGCAGAGGAGCUCCUACCCCUGCAAAGACCACGAGAAGGUCAAGCUCUUCUGCCUCACGGACAAAAGCCUGGUGUGCUUCUUCUGCGACGAGCCGGCGCUGCACGAGCAGCACCAGGUGACCACAAUCGACGAGGCGUUCGAGGAGAUUCAGAGAGAGAUGAAGGAGCAACUGGCUACCCUGCAGGACAGUGAGAGGGGACACACCGAGGCCCUGCAGCUCCUGCAGCGACAACUUACUGAGACCAAGUCCUCAGCUAAGAGUCUGCGUGCAACCAUCGGUGAUGCGUUCGAGCGGCUCCACCGCUACCUCCGAGAGCGUCAGAAAAGCAUGCUGGAGGAGCUGGAGAUGGACACGGCCCGCAAGCUGACCGACAUCGAGCACAAGAUCCAGAGCUACAGCCAGCAGCUGCGCGAUGUCAAGGAGGGCAUCCAGAUCCUGCAGGAGCGCCUGAACGAGACGGGCCGCCACGACUUCCUGGAGGGCGUAGCUGUUACCUCAGAGAGGGUUAAAGGAAAGAUACAUGAGACCAAUCUGACGUAUGAAGAUUUCCCAACAUCCAAAUAUAUGGGGCCCUUACAGUACACAAUAUGGAAAUCACUCUUCCAGGACAUUUCACCAGUACCAGCAGCGUUGACCCUUGACCCCAUCACAGCUCACCAAAGACUGAUCCUCUCAGACGACUGCACCAUCGUGGCCUACGGGAACCUGCACCCGCAGCCUCUUCAGGACUCCCCUCGGCGCUUCGACGUGGAGGUGUCCGUCCUGGGGGCGGAGGGCUUCGUGUCCGGCGUCCAUUACUGGGAGGUGAUGGUGUCCGAGAAGACGCAGUGGAUGAUGGGCGUGGCCAACGAGACGGUCAGCCGCAAGGGCAGCAUCCAGAUCCAACCGAGCCGCGGCUUCUACUGCAUCGUCAUGCACGACGGCAAUCAGUACAGCGCCUGCACCGAGCCCUGGACCCGCCUCAACGUCAAGAGCAAGCUGGAGAAGGUGGGGGUGUUCUUGCACUAYGCGAAAGGCUUGCUCAUCUUCUAUAACGCAGACGACAUGUCCUGGCUCUACACRUACCGAGAGAAAUUCACCACUAAGCUCUUCCCAUACUUCAGCCCCGGCCAGAGUCACGCAAACGGCAAGAACGUGCAGCCGCUGCGCAUCAACACGGUCCGUCUUUAAGAACAGCGCCCCGCGGUUGCUAAAUGACCAAACAGAAGAUUCCCUCACCGUUGAAUCUUUAGGACAAUGUGUGUUUGAAAAAUGGGUAAUGAGGUGUUUUCAAUGUUCCUUUCCUUCAGGUUAUUAGGAGUCGUGUUCGGUGUUGCUUUUGAACUUUUGUCUUAAAGUUUGCACAUGGGCUUCAUUCUGCAAUCUUUUUAUUUAUAAAGAUGCCACUAAAGGUAGACAGGGGGACCUAAGGUUUGUGGUGGCAAUCAGAGGGGGGGAAAAACUUUUAUUUUGGAAGUACAUGUCUACAGCCCACUUUUCCUGGGCAUUCUGCUUCCUAUCAAGCUCGUGGCUUUGUCACGUGUCAAAAAACAAGAACAAGAUGAAAAAUGGUCUGUUUUGUUUUUCUUUGCUCUAAUCUUGUCCUUGCUGUUUUUGUGGAAAAUGAUUGACAGCACAGACAUUUCAACCAAUCACUCUUAUCUUUUCUGUCAACAUGUGGUGGUUUAUAAAUUAUUAUUUGCUUUUUAGCCAAAAAAAUAUAUUAAUAAACCCAACUUUUUAUUUUGUUUAA